CGGCGCGAUCGGGCGGCAGCGGAGCCGGGCGCGGGGGGUCCCGGCACAAGGCGGGGCCGCGCCCCGGCCCCAUCCGACCCCCAACGCGGCCGAUUUUUGGGGCCAAAAGCGCUUUUUUUCCGCCCGUUUUGGCGGCAUCCCCGCCGCGUUGCUUCUCUGCAGGUUUUUCGGGGGGUUUUGGGGGACUGGCCGAUGGCAUCGCCCGCCGGGCCCCCUCCCCGCUCCCCCAAAAUGCCACGGCUGAGACUGUGACCCCUCUCCCCGGUGCGGAACCGCGGGGUGCUCCUGCCCCCUCCCCCGGGCCGGGCUUCUCGGAAAGGACUUUGCAAUGCUGCGGUCCCCAGGGGAGUGUCCCCCGCCCCGGGGAGGGGGGGCACCGCCCUCCCGGCCCCCGCUCCCCACCACCACCCGAAGAAGGUCAUGUCGGUGAUGGGCUCCUGCGAGCGGGGGGCUUCCAGCAUGGGCAGCCCCCCGUUAUCCAGCGGCUGCUUCACCCAGGUCUACACGCCGGCGGCUGUCAGCGGCCCCGCUGCCCGCAGGGGGUGUUUCUAUGACACCCCCCAGGGCCCCGAGCUCAGGACCCUCGGCUCAGCCUCGGCGGGACGGCUGCCGGCCAAGAGGAAGCUGGACCUGGAGGGCCCCGAAUUUCGCACGCCCAAGGGGAAGGGCCGGACGCUGGCACAGGUCCCCAGCCCCAGGACCCCCAAGUCUCCUGGGGAGAAGACCCGCUACGACACCUCCCUGGGGCUGCUCACCAAAAAAUUCAUCCGCCUGCUGAACGAGUCCCCCGACGGCGUCGUGGACCUGAACCGGGCGGCCGAGGUGCUGGAGGUCCAGAAGCGCCGCAUCUACGACAUCACCAACGUGCUGGAGGGCAUCCAGCUCAUCCGCAAGAAGUCCAAGAACCACAUCCAGUGGAUGGGGACGGGGAUCUUCGAGGACGCGGCGGUGACGGCGAGGCAGCAGGUGCUGCGGGGGGAGCUGGCUGAGCUGGCCAGGACGGAGAGGACGCUGGAGCAGCUCGUGCAGGACUGUGCCCUGCAGCUCCGGCAGCUGGUGGAAGAUGAGGCCAACCAGAGGCUGGCAUAUGUCACCUACCAGGACCUCCGUGCCAUCAGCAGCUUCCAGGAGCAGACAGUGAUCGCUGUGAAGGCUCCCCCAGAGACGCAGCUGGAGGUGCCAGACUUCAGCGAGGACAACUUCCAGCUCCACCUGAAGAGCACCAACGGCCCCAUUGAGGUGUACCUCUGCCCGGAGGAGAUCAUGGAGGAGAGCCCCACCAAGGACCACCCCGGCCCCUACGCUGCCACCUCCCCACGGGACCACCCAUCCCCCCUUUCCCCGCCAAACAGCUCCAGACCAGCCCCACAGCUGCCCCACGCCACCCCCCAGGGCUGGGGGGGCACAGGAACCCCCUCCUCACCCUCAUCUCUGCCUCUCACCAUCCCGGGGGGGCCCAGCUCGCUGCUGGAGGUGGAGCCCGGGCUCCUGGGCUCUCCUGCCCACCUCCUGCAGCAGACAGAGGACCAACUGCCCUGCACCCCCUCCCAGCUGGACUUUGGACCCUUCAUUGCCUUCUCGCCCCCCCUGGAACAGGACGAUUAUCUCUGGGGGCUCGAGGGCGAGGGUGUCACUGACCUCUUUGAGGCCUAUGACCUGGGGGACCUGCUGAAGCCCUGAGUGUCCCCCCCGGGCUCCACUGCCUUUGUCCCCACUGGUCACUUGUGUCCUGAGCACGUGGGGUCUCUGUGGGGUGGCUGGGGAGAGUGGGGGGUGUUGGGGAGCACUGGGUUUUCUGAGGGUGCUGGUGGGGGGCUUGUGUUGCCCACCCUGUGUGGACUCUCCUCACUCUCCUGGGCUGGUUAUCACCUGGGGCUGUGUUUGUCCCAGAGAUCCAUCCAGGUCCCAUCCCAGCGUCCUCCCAAAAAACUGUGGGGUGCCAGUGCUGAUGCUCCCCACCAUAACCCCCCCACUACCCUGGAGGUGCUGGUGGACUGGGGGUGCUUCUGGGUGCCCCAGGUGGUUUUGGGGCACCCCUGGGGGGGGUAGAGAAAUCCCUGCCCAGAGUGGGCUGUGUCAUGUUUUCCAGUUGCUCCCCAGUUAAACUGGUUCUUCAGGGUCAUGGCAGGUCGUGUCCAGCAGCGUUUCCCCCACCAUGGCUGGAAUAUCCUUAAAAAAACCAUCCAGGCAGCAAAGCUGAAGUGACCUUUGGGUGAUGAGAGAAUGAAGCUUACAAGGCUCCAGCAAAUCUCUGGCCAGGACAAGGAGCCAUAUUCCCUGGGGGGGCUGCAGCCCCUCUCCCCCAGUCCUUACAAGCUCCCUCCAGCCUCUUGGAGCUACUGGUGCUGGGAGUAUUGAAACUGGAGUGUACUGGGAGGAGGUGAUGGCCUGCAGAGGGGCUUGGGAAGCAGCAUAGGACGAGCCCUUGGACACAGGGCUUUUAAUUGCAAAAUAUCCAUAAUUAUUGCACUGUAUUUAUCUGGGCCCUCCCUUUGGUGUGGGGCUGGUGGGGGUCGGGGGGGAUUUGGGAUUGUCAGUGGGUGUAUUUAAGUUGUCCUUCCUUGGGUUGUUGGUGCUCCUGCAGUUUGGCUUGGAGGUGCUGUGGGUGAGAGUGUGUUUUGGCUUGGAAAAACUCGUGGCACUUGAUGUUUUCUGCCCGGGAGGGGUUGAAAUAAAAUGAAAUUUUGGUGUUUAGAA